GCACAGAUGUACGACAUACUGGUUGUGAAUAAAAACUACGAUGCCGAAGGACCCGAUUCCAUCUCCGUUCGGGUGGGAGAUCUGGUGGAGGUCAUCGAAAGCAAGGUUUUAAAAAACGCCAAAUGUUUCUCAAUUUUCAACAGGUGGAAAGUACGAAUUUUCGACGGAGAUGACAACGCCAAAGCAGGCUGGAUCCCGGUGUCGGUGCUGGACAUUAUGCACACCGAUCAGGCUGUUUUCGGCGAGAAAGCCAACGAUGCCGCCUAUCGCCGAGAAGCUGUCGUUCGAGAGCUGAUUGAAACUGAAGAAGAGUUCGGUCGAGACCUGCAGCUGGUGGUCGAAAACUACAUCAAAUAUAUCGACAAUCCGGACAACAAAAUUCCUCGACAGAUCCGCGAUCACAAGGAUGACAUAUUCAACAACUUCAAACAGAUCGCUGAUUUUCAUAAUACGGUACUCAUCGAGGGCGUCAAAUACAAUGCUAACAAUCCAAAGAUGAUUGGAAAAACCUUCCUGCGACUAGAGCGCGACUUCGACAAGCACGUUCGAUACUGCCGUGAUGCACCGCUGUCGCAAGAGUUCAUCACAGGCAACGAUUUCGUGCGGGACUUUUUUAUGGAGCUCUCCCAAACCUUGAACGACGAUAAGACCCUCGCCGAACAUCUGAAGUUACCGAUCCAACGUAUUAACGACUAUAAAUUACUGUUCAAGGAACUUUUGAAAUAUUCCACCUCACUGGGCGAAAAUGUUACCGAUCUCCAGAAGGCCCUAGAGUUGAUGCUCUCAGUGCCUAGUCGAGCAGCGAAUAAUAAAUACUUGGAGAGCAUCGAAGGUUUCCGCGGGAAUCUACAAAAGUUAGGACGCGUUCUCGCCCACGAGUACUUCGGCGUAAAGGACAAGGAAGGUAAAAUCAAGGAACGCUAUCUCUUUUUAUUCAAAGCACGCAUUCUCAUCACCAAAGCAAAACGUCUAUCGGACGAAAAAUCGAUCUUUAUUCUUAAGGAAAUCGUGAAGCUACCCGACGUGCAAAUCAAGGAUAUCGAUUCUCGUUCUUUGGAAUUACAUCCCAAGACUGCCGGACGCGGUGAAGUCGUGCAUCUGAUCGCAUACUCGGAGGAAUCCAAACAGCGUUGGAUUUACGAAAUCGAAGAAUACGUUAAUAAUACCGUCGCAUUACAGGAGCACAGCAACGACGAUUUGCGCAUCGAUCCAACUCAGACCAAUAUCGAUGAGAGUAUCAUAAAACUACCGCAAAGAAUAGAAGCACAUAAAACUGACGAAAACAUCAAGCCGUCGGAUUUUGCGGAUAACUACGUGGUUUUCAAGCAUAAAGCGCAUCAUCGUGAAGAAGCUCAAUCACUGCAACAAACAGCGAGUCAGGAAGCGGUAACUGUUGAAGCAGAGGAAGAAGAAAAACCUGCCAGUGUCCAGGAGCGCCUAGCAGCGUUUGAAGUGAAGAAAUCUGCCCGUAAAUUAGAUAUUUCUGCGAGCAAACAAGAGAUCGCUCAACUUCAGCAGACCGAACAAGUUGUACAGAGUCAACGUACUAGCACUCAGGUACAGGAGGUUAAGGCAGUUUCCGUUCAAGUUAAACAAGAAUCUAAAGUUUCUACUCAAUCUAAGGUUCAGGAGUCAAAGCUUACAGGCAAGACAAGUACCCAAACUACAGAAUCGAAGUCCUUAGCUGUUAAGCGACAGCAAGAGACCCAAUUGGAAUCGCAAGCAAAGGUUCAAGUUCAAGAAAUUAAAGCAACCAAAGCUCAAAAGCAGCAAACUAUCCAAACAGAAGAUUCUAAAUCAAUCGCCGUUAAGCGACAACAGGAAGCUCAGCUAGGAGCUCAAUCCAAGGUUCAAGUAAUCGAAACCAAAGUUGCACAAUCGGCUCAACAAUCCGUUAUUAAAGUAGAAACUACAUCAUCGUCUUCUACAGAACAGAAAUCUAUUAUAAAACAGAAACAGCAAAAACACACUACCCAGUCGUCAGUUUCAACUCUAGAGCAGGAUUCUGUUUCAAAGAGCGUUCAAAUUGACUCCAAACAAGCAUUGCUGAAACAACAGCAGCAACAAGCAAUAAAAUCCGAAACAGUUCAACAAGAAGUGACCACUACAUCCGCCACAGUUAAGCAAGAGUCUCUCCCGAGUGCGGCAAUAGACGCUGAUUCGAAAAUAAAACAGAUCGAAUCCAAAUACGCCGCUCUCAAGCAGAAGCAACUCGAGCAAAAAUCCGAAGAAGUAGACGCGAAAUUCCAAAUCGUUGAAUCCAAAUUCGCUGCCCUCAAGCAGAAGCAAGAACAACAGAAGUUAAAACAACAGCAGCAGCAGCAACAACAACAACAACAGAAGCAGGCACAAGCAGAAGUAAAAUUAGCUGAGCCGCCAUCGAAAGUACAGCAGAUUGAAUCGAAAUACAAAAAGCAAGAACAGGUCCUAGCAGAGGAAGUUAAGGCUAAAGAAGUUGUAGCACAGACUCCUGUCUUAGAACAAAAGCAAGAGCCAGUGAAACCACAGACGAAGGCUGAACAACCAGCUGAACCACAAUCAAAAGUACAGAAGAUCGAAUCAAAAUACAAAAAGCAAGAGCAGGUCCUUGUAGAGGAAGUCAAGACCAAAGAAGUUAUAGCGCAGACUCCUGUCUUAGAACAAAAGCAAGAGCCAGCAAAACCAAAGUCGAAGCUUGAACAGCUUGAAUCAAAGUACAGUAAGCCACCCAAACCGGAAGCUCCCAAGCUAGUUGAAUCAGCUCCAGCAGCUACUGCGGAACCAAAAACUCCUACUACUGAAGAUACUCCGCAAAGCCCGGAGCCACUAUCGAAGAUCCAACAGAUUGAAUCAAAAUACGCAGCCCGCAGGCAAAAACAGCAACAGUUGCAGGUAGAAAAACAAAUUGAAGAAGUUAAAGUCACCGUCGAAAAGACUUCCGAACAGACAGACACCCAAUCAAAGUUAGCACAGAUCGAAGCAAGGCAUACCGCCCGAAGACAAUCGUUCCAGAAGGAUCAAGAGACUACGGUAGAAACAAACAAAACCUCAGAAUCUAAACUUCCAGUCGCCGUUAAACCGGUCGAAAAGCCGAAAGAAGACAAGCGUUUCGUUGCACAAAAGGUUGAGGCUGUAAAACUCCCAGAGAUUAGCAAGAAGGAAGAGGAUAAAAAAGAACCAAAACCAAAGUUAGACAGCUCAAUUCAGGAUAAGAAAGCAGAACCGAAGGUUGAAAAUCAGUCUCCUGCUAGUAAGCCAAAUCAAUUGCCGAAGGCAACAUCAACUACCAUCGAACAAAAAGUCGAGUCAGUUAAAGUCGCUGAUAAAACUUCAGAGAGUGUUACAGUAAAGGAGAAAGAACGACCAAAGUUACAUAUUUCGAUUCCGGACAAAAAAGUAGAGUCGAUUUCUGGUAAACAACCUGCUGAUAACAAAUCUGUUCAAUCACCAAAGCUAUCCAUAACCUUACCUGGGCAAAUAAUACCAAUCGAUAAUAAGCCAUCGGAAAGCGGUAAGCUAAAAGACGAGAAAUCAUCGUCCAUCAGUACAAAAGCUACCGCUAAAGCAACAGAAAAGAAAGCAGAACCAGCGAGCAAAAAAACCACACCUCCGAAAACUCCAACUAAGGAGCAAGAACAGCAAAAACCAACAGUUGAAGCAGUAAAAACACCUCCGGUUCAAGCUCCUGAAAGCCCGAAACCUUCUGGAAAAGCAACCGUUAAAACUGCUCCACAGCUAAGUUCAAAACCAGAACAGAAGAAAGUUGAACCGGCAGUGAAAACACCAACAAAGCUUCUGGAAAGUUCACCUUUGGAAAAACUACCAUCAAAGCAAGCGGAAAUCGAACCUCUAAAACCAAAACAAGAGGCACCUAAAAAAACUCCGGAAAGCCCAAAACCAGAACCAAUUAAACCGGUUGAAAAACCAGCGACUGCUGUUGUGACUCCAAAGUCCCCGGUAGAAGCUCCGAAAAGCUCUAUAGUCAAAACUCCCGUCGUCAAGACACCCACUACUGCAAAACCAGUUGAGAAAAAAGUCGACGUUUCAAAGCCAAAAGUUGAAACACCAGCACCGACGGUAAAAGCACCGGUAAGUCCAAAAGCAAGCGAUAAAACACCGGUCGUAAAGGUCGUUGAAAAAGUUGAUUCUCCAACCAGUCCUGCGGCUAAAGUUUCGCCCAAGACUUCCAGUGUUCCAAAACCAGCGGCAGCGAAAGUUUCAGAAGAAACACCUAAAACCUCAGUCAAAGCUUCUGCGGAUAGUUCUCCACCAGCGGAGAAAAAACCAGUCCCCGUAAAGAAGCAACCAGAUUCACCCAAAAAGACAGAAGCUCCAAUCGAGCAGGUCACUCCUCCGAUAAAACCGGAUUCAUUCGAGUCGAAAAAAGCAGAGAAAAAACCGUUCGAGCCGAAAAAGAUCGAAUCCGUGAAGCUACCGGAACUGCCGGCUAAGAGUAAAGGUAAGUUUGUAAUCGUUAGUGUAGGCUGCGAGUUUCCAACCCGCACCGUGUACGCAGAUUCCGCUAGUGUAAACGGUAACGAUUCUCCCGUAGCGGUUGACCCGCUAGAAUCUUCCCUAGAGAAUCUUAUAGAACAGAAAUCUAGUGAAGAAGUUCUUAAGCGUAAACUUGAAGAUAUCUAUACUAGAGAACGAGCGGCACUCGCGGAAGCCAAGCGCCUUAGACAAGCCGAAGAAGAGGAAAUCCGAAGAAAGUUUGAGUUGCGAAGCAGGAAAGAAAUCCAACAAAUCAAAGAAACUGCCACAGAACUUCUUGAACAGAUCCAGGCUACUCGGCAGUCUGUACAGUGUGUGUUAGGUGAAAGUGAAAAUCCGGGUAGUAAACUACCGGGAUUAGUGAAGGCAGCUGAUAACAGUUCAAAUUCCGAACAACAGAAAGUGUCUUCGUCCCAAGAGUCCGGUGAACAAGGGGGAUCAGAACAACAGGGGGGCUCAACAAGUGAGGGUCAAGGCGGCGAUCAAGGCGAAGCUGGUGGGGAAGAUCAAGAAGGUUCGGGUGAAGGUAACGAAGACAAACCCGAUCCACCGCCGCUUCAGUUACCAACAUUUUUCGAUCCACCUCCUCCGCCCGUUUACCAGGCUACCAUCGAAGUUUUCAUCAGAAAGGACCGUCCUCCUCCACCGCCACCACCGAAAAUCACCAGAAAACUAGUGGUAAACACCGACGAAUUAGAACGUAAAAGUCAGCUUUUCUUGGAGGGCCACAUAGAAGGACCGGAUCCGGACUUUUCCACUGCUGCUGCCCAUCGAAAAGUGAAAGGUAUCAAGCACGUGUUUGGUAAAACCGGCGAGACAGUUCGUUACGCCGAAGAUACGAUACAGAAAGCUGAACAAGGUGAAUUUGAGAGCAUUAUCAUACCUGAAGAAGAGGAGCGGAAACCCAAAGAACCGGUCUACGAAUACCAGUACACAGUAGAGGACUCGGUGACUGGGGAAAAAAUUUGCACAGCCGAUCCUGAUCUAGAACUGAUAGAGAGGAGACGCGAAAUGGACGAACAAAGUACUUCCGUGUCACGCCAUGCAUCGCGAAAAGGUCGCACUCUUGAAGCGCAACUUGAGGAACUAGCAGAGUUCGAAUACAAGCACGAAGAGAAGAUGUCAGCAACUCAAACUGAGGCACUACGAGUGCCAACCAACAUUAGACCCCACUUUGUGAAGGCAAUUCACGGUCUAAGUGUCGAGCCCGGUGAAAAUGCAAAGUUUUCCUGCCAGCUCGACGAACGUUCCGACAUGCAGUGGCUCAAGGACAACCGACCACUUGACGAUAAGCUGGCUGAUCGCAUUAUCACGAAGCAAACCAAUGAUCUGCAGUACUCGCUGGAAAUCCAACAUUGUCGCGAAGAGGAUACCGGCACGUACACGGCUCGCGCCAUCAACGGAACCGAGAACGCUUCCUGUACUGCUCAGUUGACCGUGGAGAAAUGUAAGUUAGUCACCCUGGCAGACACCAACUCUCCCGUGUUCCUGGUUAAACUAAAGGAUACUGAGGUCAUUGAAAAGACCUAUCUCACGUUCAUGGUUAAGGUCAAGGGAGAUCCGAAGCCAAAGAUUCGAUUCUGCAAAGACGAUCGUGAAAUUGUGGACACCGAUAAGCGUAUGAAGGUCGUUCGCGACCGUGAGGACAGCGGGUACUUUGAGUUAAUAAUCCCAGAGGUACACAAGGGCGACUGUGGUGUCUACUCGUGUACGGCCUACAACAAAUUCGGUAGCACGAAAACCGAAGCGCAACUGCUAGUGACCGACCAAAGAGAGCUUUUCAACGAGCUGGACACUCUUGCGGAUAAGACCAAAUUCGUGUGGCGAAAGAACGGUGUUCCCUUCGAUCCUGAAGAGCGGUUUAAGGUCCUAAUGGCUGAUGACUCCGACUCGUUGGCGCUUGUCUUCCAGCACGUGAAACCAGAAGAUGCUGGACUCUACACUUGUGUUGCCGCAACCGCUUCCGGCAAUAUCCAGUGUAGUGCUGAACUCACGGUUCAGGGACAGGUUAACCAACUUAUGCAGGAGCCAUGCAAGCCGCAAAUAGUUGUUGAAUCGAAGGACGCACUGGCGCGAAUUGGCGGUAAAGCAUUGAUUGAAAUCAAAGUCCACGGCUAUCCGAAGCCAGAGCUCGUAUGGCGUCACGAAGGCACCAUUAUCGAACCGGGUGAUCGCUAUAAGUUCCUCUACGAGGAUGCCGAGUCCGUAUCGCUAGUCAUCAUGAACGCACAGCCCUCGGACGCCGGUGCCUACUCGAUCGUUGCGCAGAACGAACUGGGCGAAGAUAGUACCUUUAUCAACCUGAUCGUCAAAUGUCCACCGAGAAUCGUCAAACCUACUGACAUGUCUGCCAUGGUUGGGGAACACUACAAAAUGUCCAUCGAGGUGGAAGCCAUCCCGGAGGCAACCGUACGUUUCUAUCGCAAUGGUAAAGAGAUCAAAGAAAGUGAUCGUAUCAAGUUCCUGACUGCCGAAACCUACCACAUCAUCAAGUACAGUCCGGUUACUCUUGAAGACGCAGGCAAUUAUUCGAUCAUUGCCACCAACGAAAUUAGCCAAGCCACGGAGUUCUGGGAAUUUAUUGUUAACUCUCCGCCACGUGUUACACACAAACUACCACCGGAGACUAUCGUCAACGAGAAGGAAGACAUCGAGCUGGUUGUCAAAGCUGACAGCAAUCCGAUGCCGGUCGUACGCUGGUACAAAGAUGGCAGGGAAGUUAUUCCGGAUGGAAAACGGAUUAUCAUUACCGAAGAGGAUGGCCGUUUUACGCUGAAAAUUCAUGCAGCCAAUCGUGAUGAUACUGCCAAGUACACAGCUGACGUAAUCAACGACUUCGGAACGGUGACGGAGCGUUCGCAGGUGAACGUUAACACCGAAGCUAAGGUUCGUGAAGAGUUGAACCCAAUCACCUGCAGAGAAGGCGAGCAUAAUAUUAUGCUGGCAGUCAAAGCCGACGGAUACCCAAGACCGACAGUCCAGUGGUAUAUCGACGGCAUGGAGAUUACUGAAUCACGCAACGAAUUCCGCGUUGAAGAAGAAGGUCUGUACUACAAGUUAUUCCUCAAGGAAGCUAAAGCGGAACUGCACGGAAUGUACAAAGCCAAGUUCACAAACGUUUACGGAUCGGAUGAGUGCAGCGCAAAAACUACCGUCCUAUGCACACCUAAAGUGCGCAAGUCUCUAGUCGAUACCGAAGUCGACGAGAACACUACGCUUACCCUUGAGGUGGAAAUCUACGCCCAACCGGAACCGGAGAUCACAUGGUUCAAAAAUGGCCAACCCGUGCAAACCGAUGCACGACUUACGAUCAAGAGAGAUUCUCAGCGGGUGGAAAACUACACUCUUUCGCUAACAAUGGUUCGUGGUGCUGACUCCGGAGACUACGAAGUACGCGCGGUCAACUCCAUGGGAACAGCUUCCAGCAAGUCAAGGGUCGUCGUACAAAAGAAAGCAUGGGAAGUAAGCAACGAAGAGGUUCGUGAUACUGAAACAGUAUCACUUGAAGAAGAGGUACCUCCAAGACCUUCAAGUCCUGAAUGUGAGCUGCUUAUUACAGAACUUACUGUAAAUAUCGAAGAACCGUUCGUUCCUGAACCGGUUCAGGAACUUGAAGCAAUGUUAGCCAACCGGAUAACUCCAAAUGAAGUUUCCAGCAACCAGGGCCCAGAAGCGUCACAUUCAAUCCAUCAGAUGCGUGCAACCACCGUCAUCUUCGAGGAAGAAAGUGGAUCUCCGGUGGAAUCGAUGCAGCGUAUAAUCUACCCCAACAAACCGCACGCCUCGGCUUUGCACGUCGAGGAGAUCGACAGUGUUACCUUCAAAUCGCCGGAGGAAACCGCCAAAUACCACAGCUUAACGGUGAAUGAAUCCUCCGGCACGAAGUGGUUCAUCGAAGAACUCGAAUCGGACAACGAAGCAGUUUUCACGAGUAAAAAUCACUCGCGCGGAAUUUCCAUAACUUCCGCCUCGGAUGAGGAGCUGCUUUCACCUGAGACCGGCCGAACGGAAAUGCAGGAAGUAAGUUUCCGGCGAUUCGAGUCUAGCACGGAAGCUGUCCAAACCGAUAGUGCAAAGUUGUUCGGCUUAGAAAAACAAGACAGUGUAGCUGGUGACAGCGAUACAGCAAGAAAGGUUCAUUUUGAAGAAAACACAGCGGACAGCUCAACGAAGCCUCGUUGGUUUGAGCAGCAUAGUGCGGAUGAAGAACAUUCGCAAACUUGUGAAAAGAUGGAAAUAAUAAAUAAUGAAGAAAAAUCACCGGAAGUGGCGGAAAUUUCUGAAAAAAUACUGCAGAAAGAAUCUGCUGAACAGCAGAAAGUCAAGGAGGCGGAGCAAUUAAAUAGCCGAGAUUUCAACAGUGUUUGGCCUCAGAAUGCUCAAGAAGCCUGGAAGGAAACUAUACCGCAGGAUUCACUUUCCCGGCAGGUUACUAUAGAGGAAGAAAUCGAAGUGACAGCUAAAAAACUAGACUCAUCUACUGUUGAUGCUAAGAUGCAAAAAGCAAUUUCACACGAUGACGCAGAGGACUCCAUUGAUGGAGGAAAGAAAAUUAAUAGCCUAUCAAAGGAAGAAGCGGAGGAAUUUGAUCAGAAAGCUCUCAAGACAAAUGUUACGGAACCUACAGAUGAUAUCGUCAAUAAGGCACUGUUAAGAGAGGAAGCACAAGAAAAAGUUCAGGACAAAGCUAGAAAGCAGGAAAUCCAAGAAGCCGAUGUUGCUAAGCAACCAGAAGCUUCACCGGAAAUAUUGAAAACCGACAUUGCGGACGUAACAACGUUUGAUUCUCUACCGCUAACGUGGACCGUGGAAGCCGAUGGUAUUCCGAGGCCCUCCGUCACGUGGUAUCUGAAUGAUACGGAAGUCAAAUCCAGCGACCGGAUUCGUAUUACUGACUCGGGUACAACGUACAAGAUCGAAAAUCGUGACGUAAAAGAAGCUGACGCUGGCGAAUGGAAAGCCGUGGUCAAAAAUCGUAUUGGAGAAAAAACUCUUCCGUGCCAUCUGACUGUUAUUCCUUGCAAGGAGUAUCGUCGUCCAAAGGUCCUCAAGGGAUUGCAGAACAUCAGCGUCAACAAGAAUGAACCAGUUACUUUGACCGUAACGAUUACAGCUGAUCCGGAGCCGGAAUUCAGCUGGAUUCAGAACGGAAUCGAAGUGCAGGCGGACAACUUUGUCCAAAUGAAAACCGAAAUCAAAGAGCUAGAAUACAAUCUCAAAGAGAUAACCUACACCGUGCACAUUGACGAAGCUCGGCAUUACGACACCGGAGAUUACACUUUCCGGGCGAAGAACAAGUACGAUAUCAACGAGUCGAACGGUCGUUUGGACGUAUUGUUGAAACCGGAAAUCGAGAACUUCUCCGAUAUUACCGUAAUGCCCUUCACUCAGGGUGUAUUCCAAGUUUUGGUGAAAGCAAACCCCAAGCCACGAGUCACCUGGACCAAGGAUGGUAUCAAUCUGUGCAACGUGGAUAACUGCGAUGUAAUCGCUGACGUCGAGAAGGAGAUCUACACACUGCUUGUCGAAUCGUGCGCUCUUGCUGAACACGGUACCUACACCCUAACCGCGGUUAACUCCUUUGGUGAAACAACCGCCACUGCUAAGUUGAAUGUCCACACCGAAAAACCAAAGUUCAACAUUGAACCGGAAAGCUUGAACGUUCACGAUUGGGCUGAUUUCUACACCAAGGUUGAGGUGGUCGGUGUUCCUAGACCAUCGAUUCAGUGGCUGCGUAAUGGCACUCCACUGGAUUUGGAGGAGAUCGAUGAAGAAACUGGUACCCAGAAAGUUAAGGUUGUUACAUCCGGCGAUACGGUGGUGACUAGCGAGUUGUUCAUCAGUCACUUCAGUCCAGAAUGGCAGGGAGAUUAUUCCUGUCUUGCGUCGAGCAUCGGUGGUGAAACGGAGGGCAAAUUCAUGAUUCUGGUGAAGAAUGAACAGCCCGUCUUUGGAAAAGGACUUGAGCGCACCUUGGAUAUGGAAGAGGACGAUCGUUUGGAGCUGUCCUGCAUCGUUGACGGUAGUCCACUACCGAAGAUGACUUGGUAUAAGGAUGGUAACGAAAUUGCUGCCGAUGAUCAUGUAAAAAUUACACACGGACAUGACGGUCGCUGUAGGUUGAUAAUCGAGAAGGUUGAUCCUGGUGACAGCGGUUGUUACAAACUGGUUUUAUCGAACAAGAGUGGCGAUGUUUCUACCCAAAGCUCGGUCGCCAUCACACCUAAGCAACGUUACCCGGUGUUUAUCCGCCCUCUGCAGGACCAGAAAGUCGUCAUUGGCGAAACACUCCACGUGGAAGGUAAAAUAGCUGGCUUCCCAAUGCCGGAGGUACGCUGGUUCAAGGAUGGUCUGCCGCUCCACCAAACGCGGACUAUCAAUUUCAUCAACGAACCGAACGGCAUAGUUGGCUUUAUGAUCGAUCGCGCAACUCCCGAGGAUGCUGGUAUUUACACUUGCGAAGUGGUUAACGCCGUCGGAAAGGCAACCUCUGCCGCGAUUGCUGAGGUUAUUCCGAAGUCUAAGAAACCACAAUUCGUCAAUGAGCUGCAGAACUUGAGCAUCGUUGAAGGCUACCCGAUCAAGAUGAACGUAAAGGUGGUUGGUUUUCCAGCUCCGGCUAUAAACUGGUUGCACAACGGAAAACCCAUUUCCGGCGACCGGUACACGAUUACUGAAGAAGCCGAAGGUUGCUCGGUUCUUUCCGUCGACAAAUCGGUAGCAGCGGAUAGCGGAGAAUAUCAGGCUGUUGCCUCAAAUGAAAACGGAGAUACAGCAUGCGCUGGCACGGUAACUAUACUGCCAGUGGCCGAUACUUCUACCGGCGAAGAACCGCCAAGCUUCUUGGGAGGACUUCGGGAUAUUACCGCAGAUGAAGGCAAAGAACUUACCUUCAACGCUCGCUUCGUAGGAAAUCCCGCUCCCGAAGUUAUUUGGACUAAAGAUGGUGAGCCACUACAGCCUACCGGUCGUGUCACCAUUACUUGUGACGGUAAGAGUGUAGGAUUGACUAUUUCUCCUGCCGAAAUGUCCGACUCUGGCGAGUAUGCUUGCUUGAUGGCCAAUCCAUUGGGCGAAACUGAAACCAAGGCUUCAGCUAUCGUUCGUAAGAUGUUCCAGAAACCGAACUUUGUCUAUCGUUUUGCGGACGUACAGCAACUGCCAGGUUUGGAGGCCAAGUUCCCUGCUAAAUUGGUUGGUAAUCCACGUCCAACCGUACAGUGGUAUAAGAACGAGACCCCAAUUAAUCCCAACGAUCGGUACAGAAUGAAAUAUGAGGGUGAACAUUGCUGUCUGUACAUCAAAGAGUGUGUUGAAUCCGACACCGGGUUGUACUCGUGCGUGGCUACCAAUCGCGAAGGUAGCAGUACCGUGGAAGCCAAAUUGGAUGUAGUUUCCCAACUGACCAAGGGAGACGAACCCACUCCUGCAUAUUUCAUGAAGAAACCGGUCGACAUGACGGUACUCGAAGGAAUGAAAGCCAAAUUCACUGCCUGCGUAGAUGGAUUCCCACUACCGACUGUGGAUUGGAUACGCGAUGGUCAUCGUUUGGUACCAAGCGAAAAAUACAGAAUCGAAUCAGACAUCAAUGGAAUUGCUCGUUUGAUCGUCGAUGACGUUCAGGAAGAGGAUCUCGGUCGGUAUACUUGCAAAAUCAGCAACAAUCUGGCCGAAGUAUUGGCACAUGUAAAUCUACACUUCGAACCAUUGGACGCAUGCCCAAGGCGACGUUAUGGAAAAACUAAAGACAAGGAUUAUCUGCAUACGUCGCCAUACCCAUUGAUGGACAAACCAAUUGUCUCUAAAUUAACCGACCGUCGUUUGACUUUAUCCUGGAAGCCAUCGAUGACGACCGUUCCGCGGUAUCCCAUCACCUAUCAGAUGGAAAUGAUGGAACUACCUGACGGCGAUUGGCAUACAGCCCGUUCAGGAAUACGCAGUUGCUCGUGCGAAGUGCGCAACCUUGAACCGUUCCGUGAUUACAAGUUCCGCAUUCGGGUUGAAAACAAGUACGGAGUCAGUGAGCCGAGUCCCUACGUUCAAACGUAUAGACAGAAAUUGGAGCCCAGUGCACCAGUAUUCUAUCCAUAUCUUGGACCGGGACGCGAUUUCCGUCCGGACACUUCCCCGCUGUAUCCGCGCAACUUUGAUGUCGAACGAGCAACUCGCCAUGAUCAACGAACUGGAAUCCCACCGGAAUUCUUACGUCAAGAGUUUCCAGUUCAGUAUGGAACCAAAAAUCACAACGUUAGCCUUUUCUGGUUCGUGUAUGGUUAUCCAAAGCCGACAAUGACCUACUACUUCAACGAGCAAAAGAUUGAAGCCGGCGGCCGUUAUUGCUUCAGUUAUACCAGAAACGGCCAGGCUACGUUGUUCAUCAACCGCAUGACCGAGCGGGACGUGGGAGUCUAUGAAGCAGUGGCUACCAACGAGUACGGAACCGUCAGACAACGCGUCUGCCUGGAGUUGGGAGAAUAUCCACGGUUCCUUCAGCGACCGGAGGAAGUAUUCAUCAUGGGACGCCGAUCGGGACGCGUCGAGGCGAAGAUAGCUGGCAUUCCUUUCCCGGAUGUCAAAUGGUACAAGGACUGGCAACCAAUUACGGAAUCUUCGCGGCUUAAGCUGAUCUUUUACGAACCGGACACCUGGGUUCUGCUGAUCACAGACGCAAUCAAAAAGGAUGAAGGUCUUUACUCGGUGAGUGCUCGUAACGCCAUAGGGUCUAUUAGCUCUUCGGUUAUGGUUCACAUCGAGGAUAACGAGGAAGAUUACGUGUACAACGCACAUCACCGAACGCCCUACGUUCGUGCGAGAAAUAAGGUUUAUGAGGACUUCUACGAUAUUGGUGACGAAAUCGGCAGGGGAACGCAGGGUAUUACUUAUCACGCCGUCGAGCGGGCCAGUGGUCGUAAUUUUGCCGCAAAGAUCAUGUACGGUAGUCCGGACCUCAGACCGUUUAUGUUUAACGAGGUAGAUAUUAUGAACAUUUUGAACCACCGAAAGUUGAUCCGCCUUCACGAUGCGUACGACAUCAACAAAUCGUUGACUCUGAUUCUGGAGCUAGCGUCCGGUGGCGAAUUGGUUCGUGACAAUUUACUCGUACAUGAUUACUACACCGAACGGCAAAUCGCAAUCUACGUUUACCAAAUUUUGUUGGGCUUAGAGCAUAUGCACACUCGCGGUAUUGGUCACAUGGGUCUAACAAUUAAGGAUCUGCUGAUCGCCCAUCCUGGCAGCGACAAUCUGAAGAUUUGCGACUUUGGUUUGGCCCGUCGUAUUGAAGAUGAUAAGCUGUACACGCUAGACUACGGAAUGCCAGAGUUUGUAGCUCCGGAAGUGAUCAACCGUCUGGGAGUUGGUCUGGGACAAGACAUGUGGAGCAUUGGUAUCAUUACGUACAUCCUGCUGGGAGGUUACAGUCCGUUUUUGGGUCGCAAUGAUCGAGAAACUCUCACGAAAGUACGUGAUGGUAAGUGGACAUUUGUUGGCACCGUUUGGGAGUUUAUCUCAUCCGAAGCGCGUGACUUCAUCACAAAAUUGUUGGUCUACGAGGAAGAACACCGUAUGACUAUAAAGGAAGCUCUUAACCAUUCAUGGUUCGACAUUAUCUACAAGCGUUCCUUCGAUGAGUAUCAGAUCGGUACGGAUCGUUUGCGUCGGUAUUAUUAUCACUACAGAGAUUGGUACACCAACGCUUCCUGCAGAACAUGGUACCGACGUCGUCCAUUGAUGAGCUGUUUCGAUCAUCCAUCGAAGAUGAUUUACCCGUCUGGAAUCAUCUUCACGCCGGAGGGUACUCCACCGCCGGUCACAGUCGACGAUAUUCCACAUAAACGCAGGAAGUGGGACGAAUAUGUGUCCAAGGAUAUUCACCCUGAUUAUGAAACGGCUUCUUUCAAAUCCGAAAGUCACUAUCAGUACGGUCCGGAUACGUACCUGCUUCAGCUUCGUGACACGAACUUCCCUUGCCGUCUGCGUGAAUACAUGAAAAUUGCCAAACAUCGAUCGCCAAGUCUACUCAGCGAGAGCAACUAUGAUUCAAGCCUUCCGAUCAUCCGCGAACGACGUCGUUUCACCGAUAUUAUGGAUGAAGAAAUCGACGAUGAGCGUCGAAGCCGCAUCAGUCGCUAUGGCACCGACGAUAGCGUAACCAUCAGCCGUCGUCUGCGCACGGAAGUAGGAACCCGGUUGGGCUCGUAUGCCGAAGCUGAAGCCUUGAUUGAAGUGAAACGUGAGGGUCAUGCUCCGUUCUUCCGCGAGAAGCCUCAGACAAUAGCCAUCCGUGAGGGAGAACCUAAUCAACUGAUCUGUUACGCAGUCGGUGAUCCCAAGCCGUCCGUAACUUGGUUCCGCAAUGAUAUGGUCGUUACGGACUCCGGACGCAUCAAGGUUUUGGAUGACGUCGAUGGACGUUCGGUGGUUCAAUUCCAUCCAGCUUCGCAUAACGAUUGCGGUAUAUACAAGGCUGUAGCAAGCAACAGAAUCGCCAAGACUGUAGCACGUUGCCGCGUGGUAAUCGCCAUUAUUCCAGACGCUCCCGAUUGUCCGGAUGCCGUAGCGGCUAGUGACACCGAGGUAUUACUGCGCUGGAAACAGCCAAGAAGCGAUGGCAAUGCUCCGGUUAUUUGCUACUGCUUGGAAAUGAAAGAACAUGGCAAACUAGAUUGGGUGGAUGUUGCCAACAAUAUCGAUCAUGAGUUUUAUCUGGUGCACAGUUUGACACCAAAUACCGGUUACCAGUUCCGACUGGCUGCAUACAAUAGAAUCGGUUGGAGUGAUCGCGGAAUUCCUACGAAAACCGUUAGCACUUUGGAUGUUGGUGCGCCCAAGAUUCAAAUUACCAGAGCCAUGAAGCAGCUACAGCAGUUGACGGAGUCUGGCCAGCAGGUUGCACCAGAGGAACGAUUUGGCCGUUUGGACUACAGCUAUGAGAAGACUCCGCUGAAAUGGAGCAUCGAAGGCAAUUACAAUGAAAAGUUCAGCUUCAUGUCCGAAAUAUCGCGAGGUCGUUAUUCGAUUGUCGUGAAGGGUUUGGAAAAAGCAACCGACAAGAUCGUUGUUGCCAAAAUCUUCGAACUGGGAGAUGAACGAGUUGCCGAAGCGGCCGAACGUGAAUUUGAAAUGCUUCGUACUUUGCGACACGAGCGUAUUGCUUGUCUGUUGGCUGCAUUCAAACCGAAAAAUACAUCCAUUGCUGCUUUGGUCAUGGAGAAACUGCAGGGAGCCGAUGUGUUGACCUACCUCAGCAGUCGAUCGGAAUAUAGCGAACAGAUCGUAGCGACCAUCGUAACGCAGAUUCUCGACGGGUUGCAGUACCUUCAUUGGCGUGGAAUUUGUCACCUGGAUCUGCAACCGGACAACAUCGUAAUGUCCUCUGUCCGACAGGUUCAGAUCAAGCUGGUUGACUUUGGAUCGGCUCAACAGGUGUCCAAACUAGGCACGAACGUACCGAAUCUAGGCUGGUUGGAUUUCACUUCUCCUGAAGUACUAAAUGGUGAAGCCGCUUACCCACAGACUGAUAUAUGGUCGGUCGGUUGCCUGGCAUAUCUAUUCCUGUCGGCCACCAGUCCUUUCCGGGGUGGUGAUGAGGCCGAAACCCGUGCAAAUAUUACCUUUGUGCGAUAUCGCUUUGAAUAUCUGUUCAAAGAAGUAACCCAGGAGGCAACGCGUUUCCUGAUGCUAAUCUUCAAACGUGCUCCAACGAAACGCCCAUCCGUGGAGGAAUGCUUCGAGCACCGAUGGCUUGUCCACACCGACUUUAUGAUCAAAAAGCGGGAACGUGCGAUUUUCCCAGGCAGUCGUUUGAAGGACUUUUCCGAACACUAUCAUACGAUGAAAACGAACGAGGCCACCAAAUCGGAGACCAUCUCCAGCAUCGGUGGUCAAUCCCCUCGGCAAUUGCUCAGAUCCAACAGCAUCCAGGAGGAGUUGUUAACCACUUUUUAGGUUCACUUUUGCAUCGUUACUUACAAUACAUAUACUUUACUUAAUCGUCUCUUGAAUCCUUCAACUGUUUAUUUAUUGUUUUAUUUAUCAAAUCGUAAUAGUGUAGCGUCAAGGUUCUAAUCAUUUAAGCUACUCUAGUUUUCGCAGCCAGUUUUGUACAUACUAAAUGAAGAAAUUAUUUUCGUUAAACAGAAAGA